CCACAGUUUUCAGAGUCGCAGCUAAAUAAAAGGAAAAUCAUACAAAGCAUUUCGUCUGUUUUUAGCACACACACAAACAAAAGAGAGAGAGAAAAGAGAGAGAGAGAGAGAGAGAGAGGAAGAGAAGAAAGAAAAAAAUUGAGGUUGCUUCAUCACCUUGCCCAGGGAGCAGGGGAAUCAAGAUCUUGUCAGAUCGGGGGUGCUGGAGCUGCGAGAAGUCCACAGUGUGAUGGGGAGAGAACUCACAGACGUGCAAAUGGACAAUAAGCCUAACGGUGUUGUGGUAAACUCCAAUGGUAUGUCACGUGGCAAAGCUAAUGCUGCUCCCAGAAUCCCAGAAGAUACUGAGUCAAAGGACUAUGAGGUAAAGGAGUGCACUGAAGAAAACUCAGUUGUUGAGAAUGCUCAUGAGAAGCAAGAUGUGCUAGGUGUCAAAAGCAAAAAAUUUGAUGCUGAUCUCCUUGAGGGGAAAAAUGAGAAUGCUGGAGAUCAUAAGUCCACUGACAAUAAGAAGUCAAGCUCGCCAGCAUCUAAAGCGAGUGGUGCUGGAAGUAUUCAUACGCACACUGUCCCAAAGCCAUUUGAUCUGGCUACUGAAAGGCGUGCUUCAUCUGCAAAUUGCCUGUUAAAUGCUAGUAUUAACAAUGUGCAUUCCCCUAUGGCUACAAAGAAUUCACAGUCAAACUCUCCUCUGACAUCAAGGAGACCCUUACAACAUGAUUAUAGGAAGCAUGCUGAUGAAGAUGAUACUUGGUCUGUUGCUUCCUCUACUGCUGUAUCUGUUCGAUCAGCUAGAACCAAGGUAACUAUUGGAACAGCUCCAUCAUUUAAAAGUGCUGAACGUGCAGAGAAACGGAAGGAGUUCUACGUGAAGUUAGAGGAAAAGCACCAAGCGCUGGAGGCUGAGAAGAGCCAGUGUGAAGCCAGGACCAAGGAAGAGCAAGAAGCAGCAAUUAAGCAGCUUAGGAAGACUAUGGUCUAUAGAGCAAAUCCAGUGCCUAGUUUCUACUAUGAGGGACCUCCACCUAAGGUUGAACUAAAGAAGCUGCCAUUGACUCGGCCCAAGUCCCCAAAACUAAACCGGAGGAAGAGCAGCGGUGAUGCAGUCAACUCAUCUCAGGAGGCAAAGGUAGCAGUUUGUCCCAGGGCUCACCGCCACAGCUUUGGUUCAACCAAAACAGAAUCCACAAACAGCCCCAAGACAAAGGGUCAGGUCAGCGGACAGAAUAGUAAUGGCACCUGCAAGGUUAAAGGUCAAUCAAAACAGGUAAAAGAGACAACAAAAACUGCUCCUCCUAAGAUCACCGAGCAAACCACUGCUGAUGUGACCGUGCAGUCAUGAAACAGCCAACAUUUGCUUCACUAACUCUCAAUUUCAGAAGUGUUCUUGAAUUUCUGUAGUACCAUAUGGAUGUUCUGAAAGGAAUAGCCUGUUUUCUUUUCAGCUGCAAUGACUUGUGUUUUAGUGGGUUUGAAUUGAUGUGAAAUGUAUAUGUUUUGUAAGUCAUAUUGGUACAUAUCAUGUUAUAUAUAAAAGAGUUAUUAAUUC